CCGAAGUUUCGUGACACUUAGCUAUAUACAAGCUUUAAGUAAAGAAGGAAAAGUGUAAUUAUCUGCAAGAUAACCAUCAUUUAAGACUUUAACAAAAAGGAAAAUCGCAUUGAGUGGGGUGUUGGAUCGAGAAUAGAACACGAGCCAUGGUAUUGAUGAGAAUAAUGUAUGUUUGGGGAAUUUGAUCGAACAUGCGGUGCGCAUGCUCCAUAGAGGACGACGUAGGAUUAAGCGGAGGAGCCUGAUUAGAAUGUGGAGGUCAUUUUGGAGGUGGGUUUUGAUGGUGAAGGCAUGGAUUUGCUUGAGUUCUUAUAGGGAAGUGCAUUUUGGUAGAAGAGAUAGAGAGUAUGGUGCGUCAUUUGUGCUGUGUUUUGAGGGAGGAAAUUUAGUCACUAGUGAAGAUGGGGAUGCAGUCCUUCAAUGGAAAGAAAAGAAAAGAAAAUGGCGGGCAUGUGGCAGCCAACAAGUGAGGACAAAGACCUGCUAUAUAACAAAUCUCCCAUUGGAUCUUGCUACGUUAAGAAACAAGUCUUGCAGAUUUUGAACUCGAAAAGGCAAGAAAGUAAGUGACCCACUUUGAUUUACAUUCCUAGGAAACUUGACCCUUUCUUUUUGUUUUAGGGUUCUUAAAUUUUUUAUUUUCAUCCUCAUUCUCUUCACUCUUCAUUCUUGCUGGUGUUGCUUCCUGUACUGAACCAGACCUUUUCUUUUAAAUAUUUGUACUUUCUGAUGACCAUCAAACAGAGAGAUAAUGUUCAAGACUUUUCACAACAGAAGAAAGUUUUGUGUCUAAAUGAAAAAGAUGGAAAAUUAAGUGAAACAGCAGAAAGAGAGUUGCUUCAAGUGUCCAAUAAUGUACAGCAGAAGUUGUGGAAGACACUCUGGCUUGCUGCUUCACAUCAGUGGGCAAUUGGUAAGGACAGCCAAAUUGUUGAAGAAUCUACUGAAAAUAGAAAGGUUGAGGACAAAGGAACAUAUUCAAUUGAACAAAUGCAAUUAGACAGAGAGCAUGUUGAUGCAGAAAGCAACUCUAAGGGAGGCAAUGAUCAUCUGUUGAUUCUUGCACAAUCUGCUGAACUCAUGUUAGAAUCUGAUAGCUUAGAUGGUGUAUAUAGGAAUGAUCAGAAUCAAGAAGGGUUUGACAUUACUCCAGGGGAUCAAGAUUCAUCGGGAAGUAUGAACCAUGCUGCAGAUCUUAAAUCUCCUGGGAAACAAGUUGAAGUGACAUCUGUAGUUGAUUGUGUGAGAAGUGAAGAGAUUGGAUUCCAGGGAAGUAGAACUCCACGCUUGAGUCAAAUUCGACGUCAAGCUCGAUCACAAUGCAAUUUAUUGUUGCAAGAGAGGCUUGGAGAGUCCAUGGUUGAGCAUAUGCAAGGAAGAAGAAUUCGUCUGACUCAGAUUCGACAUCAAGCUCGGUCCAAAAACCAUUCACAACUGCAGGAGAAGAUACAAAAACAUUCAUGCGGAGAUUCACAGGGAACAGUUGUUCGUUUGAGUGAAUUUAGGCGUCAGGCCCGGUCAAGAAGUAACUCGUUAGUGCAAGAAGUAAUUGAAGAUCACAUGCUCUGGCAUUUGGAUCACCAAACCUCUAAAGAUGAUCAUAGGCAGAGGAUUAUUGCAGAUCUAUUUGGAGAAGAAGAUGGUAGUAGAGCAGUUGCAGAUUAUCAUCGAUCGGAAGUGGAUAGCAUGCAUGAUUCUAAUGUAAAUGGGAGAGUCGAUCAAUCUGUACCUGUGAGCAUUGAAGUUCAGGACAAGAUGAUCCCAGAGAAAGGAAGAAUGCGCUUAAGCCAAUUACGACGUGAAGCCCGAUUGGGAAAUGCUAGCACAUUGCGUGGAGAUAAUUGUGGAUCUUAGAAAUGUUUCUUCAUGCCCCAAGUUUCAAGUUUUACAAGGCUUAUAUUGGUUGAAUAGAAGGUGCUUUGGAGUUGUUUGCUUGUAAUAGCUGGUAUUAUUGCAGCUGAAACAAAUUGAAGUCUCUGGUUUUAACUUAGGUGCCAUAAGAUGAAUACUUGACCCCACAAAGCAUAUCAACCAGAAGCAUAAGAUCUUGGAGAACUACGAAAUUUUUUGGUGUACUUUGCCACGAGUCAAUUCUCAAUUACUUGCAAUUUCCACUAAAGUAAUAUUUUCAAUAGUGUUCUCCCAAGGAUUUUAGAUAGUGCUUUUUUCUUUUUCCUUUACAUCAUAAAGUAAUAACCAAAAUAGUUGCAAAAUCAAAUCUCUAUAUUGUAGUACCUAUUUUUCCUAAACUAUCUUAAGUGCAUAUGACUUUGUAUC